GUCUUGUUUAUAUAUUUCCUAUCCGCGCGUGCAACGGUUUGAUUCGGCGUUUGCUGCCCAGUUAUUGAGAGAUAAAACAAGGGAAAAGAUGAGUACUCCCGCACUGCACCUAGACGAUCCAGUUAAACUACAAAAGGUUCUUGAGUUGGUGCGAGGUCUCGACCUCACGGCAGACACACAAAAGAAGAUUAGGGAUGUUUUCGAGUCUGAGAUGGAGCUGGGCCUAGCCAAAAACCCUCCUGUGGCAUCUUCGCUGCAAAUGGAAAACACUUUCUUGCCUGAAUUGUGUGAUGGCUCAGAGGAGGGAGAUUAUUUGUCUCUGGAUCUGGGAGGGACCAACUUCCGAGUCAUCUGGCUGAGAAUCAAGUCUGGAGCUGUGGUCAGCGAAGCAGUUCAGUACUAUCAGGUGCCAGAGGAUGUUCGUCUUGGUCCAGGGGUCAAACUCUUUGAUUUCUUGGCCGAAUGCAUUCACAAUUUCAUGGACGGCAGGCAACUCAAGGGACAGAACCUUCCACUUGGGUUCACAUUCUCAUUUCCAAUGACCCAACAGGGACUGGAUGUUGGCAUCCUCGUCUCAUGGACAAAAUCAUUCAAUUGCUCGGGUGUUGUGGGUGAAGAUGCUGUCAAAAUGCUUAACGAUGCUAUUCAUCGACGAGGAGACACAGACGUAGACGUUAUCGCCGUUUUGAAUGAUACAACAGGAACUCUUGUUCAAGGAGCUUUCGUCGACAGGAAAUGCGCAAUUGGAUUGAUUCUCGGUACGGGAAGUAACGCGUGUUACAUCGAACGAGCUGAUCGAAUUGAAAAGUGGGAAGGAGAGCACAAGGACGUCAAAGAAGUCGUCAUUGAUGUCGAGUGGGGCGCUUUCGGAGACAAUGGCGUUCUGGACUUUAUCAAAACAGAAUAUGACAAAGAAGUGGACCGAAACUCUCUGCUUGUUGGGUCCUUUACAUUCGAAAAGCAUUUUGGAGGCAAAUACCUUGGUGAGAUUGUGCGCUGUGUAUUGAUUCGUCUAACAAAAGAGGAACUCCUGUUUCAAGGCAAAGCAUCAGAAGAGCUCCUCCAACAUGGGGCAUUCACCACACGUUUCGUUUCACUCAUUGAAGAGGACAACGUGAAUGGCGUAGAUGUCAAUACCACCGGCGCUCUCAACGAGCUCAAAUUAGCCUUCAAUAAAGAGGAUAUUGAAAUUGUCAAGUACAUCUGUUGGCUCGUUUCAGACAGGGCAGCCAUCCUCGUUUCUAUUUGUACGGCGUCACUUUUGGAGCGAAUGGACCGACCGGAAACUACAGUGGCCAUCGAUGGAUCUCUCUUCAAGCACCACCCUCGUCUUAAAUCGUUCAUGGAGAAGUACAUUGCUGCUAUGGCACCAGCUAACAAAUUCCAGCUGAUGCUGGCAGAAGAUGGCAGUGGAAAAGGUGCCGGACUGAUAGCGGCUAUCGCAAGCAGAUUGAAGAAGCAACAAGCCCAUUAAGAGAAAGGUUGAAAAAGCUGGGCUCUACAUUCCAAAUCUAAAGUUAUUUGUUCUGUCUUGUGAAACAAAACUAAAGACUAAAAAAAUUAUAAAAUUAUGAAAUGUCUA